AUGUCCGACAUAAUCACCAAGAACCCCAAAGUCGAAUUCGAAUAUAUCGAUCAUCACAACCGUCCGCAUACCGCCACGGUACCUUUCGUAUACCAGGAAGGCUACAUGUUCCGCGGGACUAGAAAGGGAAAGAAGGGACCACCACCAAAAUACCGCGAAGACUGGGUAAAAGACGAGCGGUCUCCAUAUAAUGAAGGUCACAAUGGACAUUUGAUCGGCACGUGGUGGCCAUACAUGAUUUGUGCCAUGCGCGAUAUGGCACACGCGCACUUGCGACAUGGGAUUUGUGGACAGGAGGGUCGUGGAGCGACAUCGAUCGUGCUUAAUAAUGGGUCGAAAACGGGUUAUGAGAAUGUAGAUAAUGGUGAUGAAAUCAAGUACUGCGGAGAUGGAAACACAUUAUUGGAUGCGAGUAUGAAAAACGGAAUGUUAAUUAGAGUUCUUCGUGCGGCAAAUCCCCAUUCCAAUUGGGCUCCACUGGUGGGAUGGAGAUAUGAUGGUCUGUACAGGGUUGUUCGCAAGGAAAAGAUUCCAGAAAAGGAGGGAUAUUGGUAUAUUUUGGAUCGGGUGGAUGAUCAAAAGCCUAUUAGCAGGGUCCAUCCUACUCCUCAGGAGCUGGCUGAGUAUCAGGAGUACAACAGGUAG